AUGUUCAGAUACUGCAGGAUAAUCCAACCUGGAAUUCCCGUGGACUACCCAUCCGAGAGGAGUCAUGCUUGCUGCAGGUUCAUGCCAAGGUAUAGUAACUACUUUCUGGAAAACACGCUGGAGAAUAGAGAGAAAGAAUUCAGUGACGUAAAUGAGACGAAAUUUGAAUUGUUGACACGAAAAGGAGUAUUUCCAUAUGACUAUGUCGAUAAUGUAGAAAGAUUGGAUGAAUCCGAGUUACCAAGUAUUCAAAAUUUCUAUAACAAAUUGAACGAUACAAAUAUUUCGGACGACGAUUACGCGCACGCGCGAAAAGUUUGGGAAUCUUUCGAGCUGAAAUCGCUGGGAGAAUAUAGCGACCUAUAUAUGCGGACCGAUAUUCUUCUUCUUGCUGACGUCAUGGAAAAUUUCCGUGCGUCAUCCCUCAAGACCUAUGGCCUCGAUCCUGCUUGGUAUUACACCAUGCCCGGCUAUACUUGGGACUGCAUGCUCAAGUAUACUGGAUGCAAGCUGCAAAUCAUCAAAGACAUCGACAUGGUGAUGUUUGUGGAGCAGGCGAUAAGAGGAGGAGUAUCGGUUUGUUGCAAUAGUAUGAGACAGCAAUUCAAUUUUGAAAAGCCGAAAGGUUUGCUAUACCCGAGUAAGGAUAAACCUGAUGCGAAGAUUAAACGUAGAAUUGAUAAUGCGGUAAAAGCAAUUCGUCAGAAAUAUUUAGCUUUGAAGUUAGGUAGAGCUGAUGAUGAUGAAUCUCUUGAACGACUCUUCAAACCACUAACAAAAUUUAAUAUUACUCACACACAAUCUGGUAACGCACCAGCUGUAUCAACAACAACAUCUGGUAUUCAAACUGAUUCUGUAGAACCUAUGAAGCCUGAAAAGACAUUCGAGUUUGUACCAGUAGAAACGAUUGCAGAAACGCAAGAUGAUGAUGAUGAUGAUGAUAAAGAGGAGGAUGAUUCGGUGUUCACAGAAAAUCCAAAAUCAAUCGAAGAUAUUCGAAGUGAAUUGCAAAACUUGCAAGAUACACCGGCAAUGUCUGAAUAUCUGAAUCAAUAUCCAACGAAGACACACAAGUACAUUUUAGAUGCAUACAAUGAUGAAAAACUGGUUGAUGAAGUAUUUGGACCUAAAUAUAAUACCAUUCUUUCACAGUGGUUGAUUGGGAAUAAAUCAAUGAAUUUUGAUCUUAAAAAUGAUGAUAUCAUCAUCGGAGAUGAAAGAUUUCCUGGUACUCAGGGUUUGUAUGAGCUGAUUUUCCAUAAAGACCCUAGAAAUUAUCUCAAAACUGACAUGCAUCAUUACAAACGUAUAUUACUGCUGACCAAUGCUCAUAAAAGAAAUCACGAUGUAAAUAAUCCUAAUAAGGGCAACAGAUCGAGCAAGUACAGAAACAUCAUAAAAGGACUCACAGAGGGGAAAGGAGAAAAACCCAAAAAAUAUCUAACGCGCUGUUGCCAAACAUUACUCCACGACGUAGAAAUGAGUCAACACAAAACGACUAGAAGUAACAGUGCUAGUGGUUUGUUAGAUGAAAAUGCAUUGGAAACCAUAAUCAGUAAAAUGACAUCUAAAAUUACAACAAAGAUUGAGGAUCAAAUUGAUAAACUUGGCAAGAAAAUUUGUGCUAUGGAGGCAAGUAACAAUGAACGGAUAGAUGCAAUUGGCAAAAAGUUCGAUAGUAUUGACGGUAAAUUAAGUGGAGUUGUCAGUAAACUUGAAGGAUUAACUGAAGAUACUGAAAAUAAUAGGAAGGGUAUGGAAAAACUGAAUUUGAAAAUGGAUUGGAUUCAACAGCACUCGAGGGAAAAUUCACUGACCAUAAUAGGUAUAAAAGAGGAUUCCAACGAUAAUUUACUGUCGAAAGUUUUGAGCGUCUUCGUUGAUGCUAUGAAAAUCAAGUGUAGUCCAGCAGAUAUCUAUAACGUACAUAGAAUUGGAAAACGGAAUGAGAACAGGUCAAGGACAAUCGUUGUUGUUUUUGUUUCCUUGUUGAAGAAAAAUGAGGUGUAUGCUGCAAGGACAUCUCUCAAGAAUUCCAAAGUCUUCAUCAAUGAGAAUCUAACGGAUAAAGCUUAUCACCUAUUGAAAAUUGCGAAAGAAAAGUAUGGGCGUUCAUCUGCUUGGUCCAGAAAUGGAAAAAUCUUUGUGAGACGUGACAACGCUGUUGUGUCUAUAAAAGAUGAGAUGGACUUGGUCUAG